AUGGGCUUGUUUGGAUUUUCACUAGAGUCUAUGUGGGAAGAGCUAGGGGCAAUAAGGGGCAUAUGGGAUGACCCCUGGUGUUUAGGGGGCCACUUUAAUGUCACCCUCUCCCAAAGGGAAAGGAGUAGUCAGGGUAGUUUGAAUGGUGCAAUGAGAAGGUUUGCUCAGGUGGUUGAUGAUCUAGAGCUCCUAGAUCUCCCUCUACAAGGGGGUGUGUUCUCCUGGAGCGGGGGUAGGAACAAUCAAUCUUGGGCUAGACUGGAUUGUUUCCUGGUGACCCAAAGUCGGCUUGACUUGUUUAGGGGGGUUGUCCAAAGUAGGCUUCCCAAGCCCACUUCAGAUCACUUCCCCAUUCUAUUGAAGGGUGGCGGGCUAAGGCGGGGACCCUCCCCGUUCAGGUUUGAAAACAUGUGGCUUAAGGUUGAUGGUUUUAAGGAUCUCCUUCGGGAUUGGUGGCAGGGAGUGGGGAGGAGAGGGAGGGCUAGCUUUAGACUAGCUGCUAAGAUGAAGGUGUUGAAGGAGAAAAUCAAAGUUUGGAACAGGGAUGUGUUUGGUAGGCUGGAAGUUAAUAAAAGCUCAGCUCUUCAGCAAGUUGAUUUUUGGGAUAUGGUGGAAUGUGAUAGGGGCUUGUCAGAAAGAGAAACGAAAUUGAAAAAUGAAACUAAGGAAACUUUUAAAAAGUGGGUACUUUUGGAAGAAACCCAUUGGAGACAAUUGUCAAGGGAGUUGUGGCUAAAGGAAGGGGAUAAGAACACAAGGCUUUUCCACCGGAUGACCAACACCCACUGGAGAAACAACUUUUUGGAUAGAAUCAAGAUUGAUGGGGUGGAGUUGGAUGAGGAACAGGAGGUGAGGGAGGAGAUUGUGAAUGCUUUUCAGCAUCUGCUCUUGGAAGAGCUAGGAUAG